UCACUGAUGUGUGCUAAUGAGGCUGCAGUGAUGGGCACUGAUAGGCUGCACUGAUGGACACUGAUAGGUGGCACUGAUGAGGAGGCACUGAUAGGUGCCACUGAUGGGCAUUGACAGGCAUCACUGAUGGGCACGGCACUGAAAGGCAGCACUCAUAUGGCACAGAUGGGCACUGAAAUGUGGCACUGAUGAGCACUGAGAGCUGGCACUGCUGGGGCUACACAGAUCAUCAGGGCACACUGAUCAUCAGUGCUCUGAUGAUCUGUGUACAUGUCCCCUCCGAGGAAUGUCGGAGCUGUCAGUGUGACAGCUCAUGGGGAAGAACUGUCGAUACCCGGCAUUUCCCUGUUUACAUGUGAUCAGCUGUGAUUGGAUACA